CUUGAGUGUAUAAUAGACAAUGUGGCUGAAUUUUUUUUUUAACACUGAAUCAUUAUAUAAGAUACAAGACCAAACAGGUUAUACAUAGUUGUAGAAAACAAGUACUGCAGAAAUACACCAGCACAAAAGAGAGAAAAACAUUAACAAUGGAUACCAGUAGGUACCAUUCAAAUAGACCUCAAUCUUUCCUAAUGUAGGAGUUCUUCGUGAGGUGAAACACAACUGAAUUGAGAAUUACGAAGAUGUUAGCAUUGCAGCUAUUCCCAUUCAGAACUGAAUUGUGCUAGGAUUAGAAAUACAAGUUUGACUCUUUAUAUUGCUUCAAAGAAUUAAGAAGCCAAAGAGAUCAAAAACUUGAAAAUUAACCCAGGAAGACGAGGAGAGAAAUGAUUUAACCUUGCGACUUCCAAAUAUGAACCAGAGCUCCAAAUGUUGGUUGGAGCCAGAGAAACUCAUCCAAGAACUCGGAGACUAGCGACGAUCAACACCAUGUGGCUGAAUUUAAGAGGGGUCUUGCACAUUGAUUAUUAUAUUUAUAGCGAUCUCCCCUCUUCUCACAGUAGCCACAAGUUACGGACAAAAACAACUAUGUGUACAGAAGUACAAAUAAAGAUUUGCCUAAACCAAUCUAACAAUAAUUAACAAAAUCUCAUCGCAACAAUAUUGAGAAAAAAAUAACACAAUCAUCAACAUCAUUAAUAUAAUUCGUGAUCUUUGGGUUUGUGUCUGAAUACUACAAAGAUAUGCUAAUGAUCUUCUCUAAACCCAUCUUCAUAGGUCCCUCCCAUGAUACUUUCUUUAUGCAUGUUGAUGUGCGUCUUUUUACACACUUGUUCAAUGCCACCACGUAGGAGAUUAAAUUUUACAAGAAAAAAGGUCUAAAAUGACGUCACUUCAUGUUGAUGCGCGUCUUCUUCGUCACACUCUUGAAGAGAUAACCUAACGCUUCUAUGCUUUCCUUGUAGUACAAGAAACCGUAUAAAAAUGAUAUGAGACCUUUGGACCAAGAAAGAGACAAAGUCAAUACCCUAAAGCAAUCCUAAACCCAAACCUUAAAACCUCCUAUUACACAUAAGUAUCUCAUAUAUACACAUAUCUUAUAUCAUUCAAACACAUUAGAAAUUUUCUGUUACACAGUUUGAUUUAUUAUUCCAAAAGAAAUUUGCUCCGAUACAUAUAAAGACUUGUCAAUGUUGAGGAGGCAAAGGCCUGGCGGUGGCCGUCACCCGCCACCAUUGACUCCAACGGUGAGCAACUUCAAGCCAAGAGCUCAAUGGAACAACUCCGGAUCAUCCAUAAUCCUCUAUGUCAAUCUUCCUGGGUUUUAUAGAGACCAAGUAGAAAUCAAGAAGGAUGAUAAGACGCGAGCUAUCUACAUUCAAGGCCAGCGACCACUCUCUACUCAUACUAAGGCUCGUUUCAAUGAAGUUUACCGUGUUCCCGAGUCGUGCGAUAUGACGAAACUGAACACUUCCUUCUCACAUGGACUAUUGACGAUCGAGUUCCCGGCGGUUGUGGAAGGUGAGAAAACGGAAAAGGCAGGGAAUGAUCAGGGGAAGACUGUAGAGAGUCUUGAUAAUGAGGAGAAUAGAGGGGCUGGUCUCAGUGGGAGUAGCUUGGGACGGAAGAAACCUUCGGAUAAGGAGAAACAAGUGGGAACAAGUCAAGAGAAAGCUGUAACAAUGGCGAAUAAAGAAGAACCCAUUACGUCUAAAUCAGUGGUUGAGGGUAAGAGAGCAGUGCCAGCGGCUAAAGUGAAGAAGGAAGAGAAAGUGAAAGAAGGAGAAGCCAGCUCUUCUCAAAUAGGCCAACAAAAGGCUUUACAUAAGGUAAAGGAGGAAGAGGCUAGAAGUACACCGAUCAUUGGUGGUAGCUUGGAAGCCAAGGUAUUUGCAAAAGAAGAGAUUGAGAGGAAGAAAGUUGGUGAUAUUGGUCAGAAAAAGACUGUACAAGAGGUGAAGGAGGAAGGAAGUACUAGAAGGCCAACCAUUGAUGGUAGCUUGGAACCUAAGGUACAUGCUAAAGCAGAAAAGGUAGUUGAGAGAAAGGGAGAUGGUGAAAUAGGUCAGAAGCUGAAUGGGGAAGGAAAGAUUGGCUUGGGAGAGAAGAAAGAGCAGAAACAUGAUAAGAUGGUUGGAUACAAGGUUAGUGAAGGAGGGAUUCAAGAGAGAGUGGAAGAAAAGAAGGUAGAAGACGCUGGUCUAGUCAAAGAAACAAGAGAUCUGAAAGGUAAACCUGAAGUCAUGGAACCAAGAAGGGUAGAUUCAGAUGUGAAGGAAGACUUAACCAAAGGAGGUGAAGACAGAGAAAAGAUGCUUGAAAAGAGUUCAGAAUCAGAAAAGGAUACAUUACUAGUUGAAGAACAGAGGAAGGCCAGCAUGGAUACUCCUGCAACAGAAGGAAGAAUACAAGAGGAAAAAGGGAGUCAUAAAUAUGACACAUCUUUGGUCAAUGUUGGAGUAGCUUCUCUUGUCAUUAUGGGGUUUGGUGCAUACGUCUUCGUACCACUUGUAAAAAUGUUCUACUGAUUCUGUUAAAAAAAACAAAAGCAGAUGCCACUUAAGGAAAAUAUACCAGGACAUUAGUCAUUAGUGUACCACAUUCAUAAUUCUCUAUGGAACUCAAGCCGGACGCUGAAAUUAGCUUUGCAAACUCUUCAAGAUUGCAUGAAGCCCAAGCUUCUAAUCCUGAUUUUUUUUAAAGUAUCACAAACAUUCAUACAAGUAUAUGUAACGCCAUCAUAAAGAGUGUUAUGUAAUGAGUAACACUAUGUUACUUAGAUCUCUAUAAAUAUGCUAGUAAUAUUCAAUUAUUUUCAUACAAACAAAAAACUUCAUUUAUGUCGCACGACUUUUCAUGUGACAGAACUUGAAUCUUACUGAUAUAGAUGAUAUACUCUACCUAGAAUGUUUGUGGCAUGGCCUUAAUUUCUAAGUCAUGUUUUCUUGUUUGCAAUUGCAUUUCCAUAAUUUUCAAGUCUCAUUCAAGAUGAAUAUCACCCUUUUUGUGUAAUCACACCCAAGUAAACAUAUCAUAUAAAUCAACUUUAAUAUCAUCAAUUAUCAGAAAUAACUCUGGAUAUUUGUACAUCUUUUUAUAUAGUUUUCAAUGAGUACUUAAAAGCUUUUAUUGCUUCGAAAUCUGUAAUUGAAAGUGUUUUGACCAUUAUUUCAUUUUUAUCUUCAUUGAUUACAAACUCUAUCUUCAUUGUAAACACUGACUUUAGUUUAAUUGUCAUAUUUAUACUUUACUUGAAAUUUAUUUUGGAUAAUUUAGUUAUGGAUUAUGAUAAUCAACUUUCAUUUUCAAACUGCCAAAAGAACUACAUAGGUAUGAAAAAUACAUUGAGUGCAUUCAAUUUUUAGAAAUGUGGAGAUGCAUCAUAAAAUAAUAUGG